AUGUCCACCAUUGCCUCUUCCCGCAAUCCUCCCGCCCCCCUGCGCCGCACCCCCUCCGGCACUCCCACGUCGUCCGCCCGCCCCUCGUCCGACAUCUCCCGGUCCACCGUGACCUCUCCUGUCCUCGGUGCAUCUCAGCCUGCCACCGGCGCCAAGCGCUCCAGCAACCGGGCUGCCCUCCGCGAAUACUACAACCUCCGUGCAGCAGCUGCGUCUGGCUCUUCUCCUACAACUCCGCGCAUCAUCGAGGCGUCUGAUUCGGAGGUCCCUGCAAGCGAGAUCGACGCGCCAGACUUCAACUUAGACGAGUACCUCCACAGGGUCGUCGCAGAGAGCAGCCUGCAGGACCUGUUGAAGCUAUACACCAGAGUGCUGGGCGAAGUCAGGGCGUUGGAUGCAGAGAAGAAAGCACUUGUAUACGACAACUACAGCAAACUCAUCACUGCAACGGAGACAAUUCGAAAAAUGCGAGCUAGCAUGGAUCCCCUGAAUCCCAUGGCCACAACACUCGACCCAGCCAUCGCACACAUCUACAGCCAAGCCUCAGCAAUACAAGAAUCAAUGCGGAAAUCGGUGCCGUCCCCCGAUUCAGACGAGGGCAAGGCCCGGGAAGCACAGCAGCAACGCCAAAGGACGAGACAGUUGGCCAUUGAAGUGCUUGCAACCCCGGAGCGGCUACAAGCACUGGUGAAGGAGGGCAAGUUUGAAGAGGCGAGACGACAGUGGGAGAUGCCAAGGAAAUUACUAGAAGCUUGGAAGCAGAAGGGAGUUGGCGGAGAUGACGUACAGGCAUGCAUUAACGAGGGCGAUGCAGCCAUUGCCUUGACGCGAACGAAGUCUCCAGCGCCGGAAGGGAGGGCACCAAAUGAUGGGCGGCGAUAUGGCCCAUUGCACUCUAACACGCCACCUGCCAUGAAGCAAUGA